CUCUGCUCUUCCCGUGUAAAUAAUCAUUUUUCUUCUUCUUCUUCUUCUUUUACCAAAAUAUGAAAAUACGAAGAAGGUGGAGUUGGACUCGAACUCUCCUUUGGCUUCCCCUUUUCACUACUACUACUCAUUUAUACUAAAUCAGUAUAUACUUUGUUUUACUACUGUUAAUAGUAUCCACUUCAAAAAGAUUCUUCUUGUCUUUUUUUUUCCUUUCUUUUUGGUUUCGCAAUAUAUUUCCCUCACCAGUCGCCACCUUUUCUAAUACAAGCCGAAGCCCACUACAUGCUCUCUAUGUUCCAUUGAAUCCCACCACCAACUUCACCCACCUUUGGCCCAUCUCCCCUCAAUUCUAGGGUUUUUAUUUUUCUCACCCUCUCUCUCUCUCUCUCUCUCUCUCUCCUUUUUUUAAAAAAAGAAAUUUCUCUACUCGCCUUUUUUUUCUUUUUAUUAUGAUUCUUAAGGCCUAUUGGCUCCAUCACCUCCCUUGGCUUUCCGAUCUUUUCCUUUUCCCGUGAAAAAUAGCGUAACCCUUCAUGUUCCUUUUUGAUCCCCUUUCAAUUCAAUGGAUUCUAGGUAUAUCUCGUCCUUAUCUAGGGUUUUUCUGGGGUUUUGUCGUUGAAAUCAUGCAUUGGGUGGAUUUUUAGUACAACUUAGGAUUCGUCUUCUGCAAGUCCAUCGUUUCUCUUCUUAAGCAUCUUGCCCUUUUUCUCGUCUACAUUUUUCAAUCGAUUUCUCUCUGUGAAAUUUCUCAUUCAUGGCGUAUCAGCCGAUUCCGGGUCCAAGCUCGGGAUCAAGUUCCAGUUCUGGGUUUCAAUACCUGAAUUCCCCUUUUGGAGACACUACAUACACCAAAGUCUUUGUUGGGGGCCUUGCCUGGGAAACUCAAAGCGAAACCAUGCGUCGCUAUUUCGAGCAAUUCGGUGAGAUUCUUGAGGCCGUCGUUAUCACUGAUAAGAAUACCGGCCGAUCCAAAGGCUAUGGUUUUGUGACUUUCCGGGAACCAGAGGCCGCAAAGAGAGCUUGCGCUGAUCCAACUCCGGUUAUUGAUGGCAGGCGUGCGAAUUGUAAUUUGGCAUCCCUUGGGCGACCUCGGCCAUCUCUACCUUAUGGUAUCAUAUCUAAUUUGCCUGGACGUCUUAGACCAGCUUCCCCAUAUGUUGGAAGUGUGCAGGCGCCCCGUGGAGCUUAUGUUGGAAAUUUUGGCUAUCAGCAGCCUCUCUCAUACGGCUAUCACCAAGGAGUGAUGUAUCCUCCCUAUGGGUAUGCAGCUGGCUAUGGACCUGAAUAUGUCUAUCCACAGGGUGUGUAUAACCCUUAUAUGGGACAGCAAUACCUUCAGGUGUAUGGACUACCCGGCACAGUUAAUACGACUAUUUAUCCCUAUGGUCAAUUGGGUCAAACUAUUCCUGGUGGUCAUGGGUACACAACAGUUCAUGGAUAUACAGUUCCCGGUCAUCAAAUUUUGCAGUUUGGUGGACCUAGCGUUAGUGGAAUUACAACCUCUCCUGUGCCUACAAUUCAAGCAACAUAUCCGACUGGUUGCCUCAAGGAAGAUACAAUGAUCAAUGGUCGAUCUUCUGUCCACCAUUGACCCUGUGUAGUAUGUAUCCAUAUAGAAUUUUAGGAGUAACUUGUCAUUCUUUAUGGACAUAAUUCCUUUUUUAGAUGACAUUUUUAGAUAAUGCAUUACUCUGUAGAUUGCCUAUAAAUGUGCUUAUUUGGAAUUGUGUAUGAAUUGAUUUAAAACACUUAAUGCAUAAGCAAUAUCGUAUCUUGUGUGUGACAAGUAUAUCAGUCUCCAAACUAAUCUUUAACACAUCUUCUUAUCUAUUGGUGUGUCAUUUUCUGUUAGUCUCCCAACUAAGCAAUGUAGGAGUACUAGUUGACUUACAUGCUAGUUUGCUCAUAUCUCUUGAUAAGCCAUGAAUGUAGUUCUGUCAGGAGACGAAUAUCCCUGAUCUUGAGCGGACAAUAUUAACUCCCAGAAAGUACUUUAAGUUACCUAACUCAUUGAUUUCGAAUUCUCUAGUCAGGCAUUGCUUGAGUAUCAAUAUCUCCUUUUUUUUCGUCAUCUCCCAUUACAAUAAUAUCAUCGGCAUAUGCUAAAAGAUCAAUAACUUCCGUUGUCUCAGAAUGCUUGAGAAACAAAUUGUGGUCCUCUUGAGCUUGCUUGUAUCCCAAGCCUGUCAUCACCCUUGCUAAUCUAUCAAACCGUGCUCAGGUGAUUGUUUAGUACAUAGAUUGCAUUCUUCAAUUUACAAACUUUAUAUGGUUAUGCCCCUCUAUCAAAUCCUGGUGCAAUUUCUGUAUAGAUUUCUUCUUGUAUAUCAUCAUGUAGGAAUGCAUUCUUCACAUUAAAUUGCUGUAGUUAUCAAUUAAAAUGAGCAGUUAAGGAUAGCAAGAUCCACAUCGUGUUCAUCUUAGUUAUCACGCAUCUCUUGAUAAUCUAUUUCACAAGUUUAGGUAUAUAUUUUUGCCAUUGGUUUUGCUUUAUAUUCUUUCUAUUAUCUUGUAUUUUAUUGUGAAUAUCUACUUGCAACCCAUAUGUCUUUUCCCUUUGGGUAAGUCCGUCGAUUCUCAUGUUUGGUUUUUAUCUAAUACUGGCAUUUUAACAUUAAUUUUACUUUUUCCAUUUCUCACAAGAUAAUGUCUUAAAGAUAGUGUUAGAGAGACUCAAUAUUCAAAAUUGUAAUAAAAUUUUGUGGGAAUGUGAACAUUUAUUAAAUGAUACAAACUGUGAGAUAGAAUAAAGGGGAUAUUUAAUGCAUGCCCUAGUUUCUUUACAAAUUGUAAUGGGUAUAUCAUUAUUGAAUAUUGUAGGUUUUCAGAGCUUACCUUAGUCUAGAAUUUUUCUUGGAUUCCCAGACUGCUUCAACUCAAAACUCAUAGUUCUUCCUCCUUGUAUGCAAAUGAGUGAAUUUGGUGUCAAGUAUAAUUUCUUGAGUGGGUGGGUCUUCCAGUAGUUUCUGUGGGUUCUCUUGUGAUGGUGGUUGAGUAUGUGAUAGGAAUGAUAGGGUAAAGAACUCAAUAUCCAUAUCUUCUUGACACUUUUGAUUAUUUUGUAAUUUUUUUACAAAUGGGCGGACACCUCCUUGAUGCAAAUAUUAGUAUAUAAUACUCAUUCGUGUGAGAAAGAAAACAUACCUGAGUGUCCUACUAGUGGGUUUCUCAAGAUCUUCUAAUUUCUUCAAGUUGUUUUAUCUCAGUGUUGAGUUCAUUGAUAUCAGUAGUUUUGUCUUCCUCUUUCUGGUGGGUAACAUGGGCAUGUCUGCAGGAUUUUUGUGGAGUGUUCUUGUAAUCCUCAACUAUUGCUUGAGGUAUUGAGUUUGUCAGGGAGUUUCCAGUAUUUAUCUUGAUGUGUCUUGGCUCUUUGCAAAAGAUACAUAAAGAUUAUCCUUGUUAUCGGCGCUAGACCCGGAAUUUCCUGAUUGGCUUAAUUUUUUUUGUCUAUUGGCAUGGCUUGGGGGGGAUUGGAGAUUAGUGUUGAACUAUCAAUUGAUUAGGAUUCUACUAUCAAUUGACUAGGAUUCUAACAUGAUCCCUCUCCUGCUCUCUUUUGCUAAUACGAUAGCAUUUAUCUCAUUUUUAGUGAUGGCAUUUCAUCUUUGUCUAAGACUUGGACUCACUCUUAAUCAAACUCCUGAUUGAAUCCUGUUCAAAACUGAUAGACUUAAUCUUCAUCUUUCUGCAUUCUAUUGUAAGACUUCGGUACCGAUCCAAUGCCUACUACUAACUUUUUAACAUGUUAGAAUAUUUAGUGACUGACAUGUUUUCUUAUUUCCUAAACCAUCUUGGCAUUCAAAUCGUAAAUGUGGGAUGCAUCUUUGACUUUAUAAUAGGUUUUCCUAAUUGUAUCUCACACUUCUCUAGCGAUGUAGAGUUCCACAGCCAUGCUGUGAUCAUUAAGUCUCCUCAUACACACAUCAAAGGUAGCGUACCCUAGUUUUGUCCAGUGCUAAGAGGUGGCUGAGCAUUCUUUUUCCCUUGAGAGUGAUCUGAAUUAAUUGCCAUCAACUCAAAUAGUCUUUCUCGGUAGAACAAUAAGCAGUCUGGAUUGGCUGAAAUUUAUUAUUGUUUCAGGUAAAGUUUCCCAUGUGGGAAUUUGUUCCUGUAGUUUGGGAUGUAACAUCUAACUUAAUUCGAGAGUUAUAGCACAAUUUGGUCAUGAGAAGGAUGUUGUCAGUAGAUAAUGCGACAAUUUGCCCUGGACAGAACUACCGCUUGGAGUGGUUGAGUAGGAUGUAGAACUUGGACAUAAUCAAGAUAGAGACGUGCUCAGCAGGAUCGGCCAUGGCUCAGUCUACGCACGAUUGGCAGUGUGUGGCUGAGGAGGCUGGGCAUGUGGCUGUGGCAGGGCUAGCCGAACAGGGACUGUGCAGGUACAGGCGUGCGGUUCUGGUGGCUGACAGCUGAGCGAUUCCUUCUGACUGUUUCUCACCAUAAGGUUUUGGUUGCUAGGGCUGACUAUGAAGUCCAGCUUGCGGUGGAGACAGCUGGUUUGUGGUGGUCAGUGCUAGGGAAGUGGUGGCUGUCUGACUUGGACCAGGCUGGAGGCAAACACAUGGCAGGGAACAGUUGCAGGCUGGAUUGCGCGAUUGCAUAUGGAACACACAGCUUGGUUGGUUGGAGGCUUUGCGGACAGUUGUUUUUGACUAGCAAAUGCAGGUUGCACAGCUAAUGGCAGAGGAGGUCUUGGCUGUUUGCAGGAGAAGGAGCUGUGACUUGUGGCUCUAUUUUUUCUGGUGCUACAGACGAAGAAAGCUAGCUUGAUUGCUGACGGCCAGUGGCUAGACUAAGUGGCCUACUAUGUAGGCUGGUGUCUCAUUUUUAGGGUUUUUGUUGUUUCAGUAAUAAAGGCAAUAUAGAGUUUGUAAAAAAGUUUAGAGGUUCUUAACAUAGAUCUUUGAUACCAUGUGAAAAUAGUUGAAUGUGCACUUCAUUAAAUAUUAUAGUUUUAUAUAUAUAUAAGUUUUCUAAAAUAAAAAAGAAAAUAAACCAUUAAUUACAUUAACUGCAUGUGGUAUAUUUUUUCUUAAUGCCCUUUAACCUAAUUAAAUAUUUUUUUAACGAGAAUAUUCUUUUGGUAGAUUCAAAGAUUCUUGGUUUCAGGCGUUAAGUUUUUUUUAAGGUGUCAACCACUUAUUUUUUUAAAAAAAGCUCUAAAAAGUUAAGGGGUCAACCACUAUAUCUGGUGAUGAUCUUGGAGAUUUGGUCGACGCUUUUAUAGAUAUGUAAAUAUUUUUGUAUAUAUUUUGAAUAUACUUUUUAUUCUCCAAAAACAAAAUAUACUGCUUCCUGUUAAAUAUAGGUAGUGUCAAAUGGAUUUUAUAUCUCUCUUUUAUUAUGGUGAUUGAGAUUUUACUUCUGCUUUCACCAUUAUCUGUGCCUUUUAAAUUGACUUGUUAAGGGGGCAACGUAGAUUCUCUUCUCUACUAGGUAGCAUUCCAGGAAUAGUAUCACCCUAUCCCUUCUCAGGAGUAGGAAAAAAUUGUACUUCCAUGCUCAAAUGUUAUGAAUUUUUUUUUCUUUUAAAAUAUUCCUUGUGCUGGUGGCUUGCUUGUUUUUAGAUCAUAAACCUUUCCUCCGUGUUUUAUUUUAAAACUAACAUCCAACUCCAUUAGUCUAAUACUACAAUUGAUCAAGGUUUGUGAUAUUU